GUGAACUGGAAGCGGGAUGGCUUCUGAUGUGGGUCAGAAUCAACCCUCUUUUACCAAGGAAGGCGAGGCGAAAAGAUAAUGGUGCCUAUCUGCUAUCUACCUAUCCUUGAGCUGAAAUCUCUUGAUCUCUGCCCCCCUUCCUUUUUCUUCCUCUCCUCUCUCGCUGCAUGCUACGCGGUGUUAUUCUGUUAUCUACUCGCCCUCUCCUUCGCGGGGUCUACUUUUAUUCUUCGUGCGCGAUAUUUAAUAGAUCGCCGUAUUCGCUUUUCGACGUCUGUCGCCCCUCAUCCAUUGUUCGGUCCCUCGUCAGCGCUGUCGACCUGUCACGCGCGCCUUCUCCGUGGGCACGAGACCACCCGCACCCGUUUCUCUGAUCGUAUCUAUAGGCACCGGCCAGCCGACCGAGCUACCUCGACAUAGGUUUACGUGGGGCACCGCAACCCCCAGGCUUCAUCAUGGCGACAGAGGAAAAGGUGAAGGGCGACCAGCAGCCGGACUUGGGCGCCUUCGAGAAUGAUGUCGGUGUCCUCGACGAUGCUCGGUCAAACCGAUCCACUGUGCUAUCAGGCGAAGAUAUUCUAGCACGUCAAGACCUAGACCCUGCUCUCAAUGCGAAGAUGCACCUUGUCAACAAUGCAAUUGACGAGAUCGGUUGGACCAAUUACCACUGGAAACUCUUCGUACUGAACGGGUUUGGCUAUGCCGUCGACUCUCUAGUGCUGCUGUUGCAAAGCAACAUAGCUGGGCCCGCUUUCAGGGAGUUUGGUCAGGUCGGGUACGACAAUGGCUUGACUAUAUCCGUCUAUGUCGGCAUGCUCUUGGGUGCUAUCUUCUGGGGCCUAGGGGCUGACAUAGUGGGACGACGCUGGGCGUUCAAUAUCUCUCUCUUCAUCUGCUCGGUAGCAACCAUCGUCGCGGGCGCCGCUCCGAAUUGGCCGUCUCUGGGGUUCUUCAUCGCCAUGAUUGGGUUUGGCGCUGGCGGCAACCUGAUUCUAGAUACCACCGUGUUCCUGGAGUAUCUUCCGAGCAAUAAGCAGUGGGCUCUGACAUUUUUAGCCUGCUGGUGGGGCGUAGGGCAAGCAGUCACCGGCUUCAUCUGCUGGGGUUUCCUAGUUCGACCGGAUUGGAAUUGCGAGUCUGCCGAUAACUGUCCGAGGGAAUCUAAUGGCGGAUGGCGAUAUGUCAUGUUCACUGCUGGCGCCCUCGUGUUUGUCAUGUCCAUUGCGCGUAUUACGGUGGUCCGCCUGCAAGAAACGCCAAAGUACCGCCUCUGCACCGGUGAAGACGCCGAGUUGGUCGAAACAUUGCAUUCGAUCGCUAAGAAGUACAACCGGCCCUGCACGCUCACCUUGGAAAAGCUUGAGGCGUGCGGAGUAGUGAGAAACUUGCAUAGCGAGAGCCGUUUCUCUUUGCAGGAAACCUUUAUCCAUUUCUCGGGGCUGUUUGCGACUAGAACGAUCUCCAUUUCAACCAUACUUAUCUGGGUGUCGUGGACAUUGAUCGGACUCGCUUAUCCGCUCUUUUACGUCUUCCUAAACACUUAUCUUGCGAGCCGUGGAGCGCUCAGUGGUGUGGGUGUCUUCGAGACGUGGCGGAACUAUACGCUCACGAACAUUUCUGGCAUUUUUGGGCCGAUUCUAGCCGCGUGGAUGUGCAACUUGAAGUUACUUGGCCGACGAUAUACCAUGGCAAUCGGUGCACUCAUAACCAUGGCUUUCUUCUUCGCCUACACGUCCGUUUCGACACCGGCGCAGAAUGUCGGUUUUAGCUGCGCCAUUGCGUUCUGCAUUAACAUCUACUACGGGACUCUCUACGCGUACACGCCUGAGGUGUUGCCUAGCGCCCACCGCGCAACCGGAAACGGUAUCGCUGUCGGCUGCAACCGAAUCAUGGGUAUCAUAUCCGCCGUUGUGGCCAGCUUUGCCGACACGGGUAGCGUUGUUCCCAUUUACAUAUGUGCCGCGCUGUUCCUUGCCAUGGCAGGUAUCAGCUCCAUCUUCCCCUUCGAGCCGUAUGGGCGGCGAAGCUCAUGAUCUUACAUCGGACGUUGCGGCUCUAAUGUACAGCAUAACUGUGUUGGUAUCCCUCCGCCGUUCCCCAUCUCUCAGAAUUCUGUAGGAUUUGGGAAGAGCCGGAUCUUUCGUCAAGCUCCCAUCUUGGAUUUGAGGCAUACAGCGUUCAUAGCUACCCAGCUCGCGGGAUCUUAUAUUGCCUAGGUUAGCUCGAUCUGUUUCGGGACCGGGCAGCUAUCGAGAAUCGUGUGGAAUAUCGGUUCUAGCUGUGGAGCCACUUUGUUGCAGGCUUGGCUAGGUGGUUUGGACCCUCCCGGAGAUGUAUCAUGGGCCAGUUUGAUGGCCCUGUGUCGUGAGGCGGGG